CAGCCAGCUGGCGGAGUUCACGGAGGACCUGGGCAACCAGAACUCGCAGAUGCUCCAGUCGAUUACGGAUAUCAAGGCUUGACUAUCCAUGAUCCGCUUCGCGUCUUGAUUGUAGACGCUCCUUGAGUGCUUUUGUUGAGGCGUGUGAGUGGGAUCGGGAAAACAAAAACAUAUGGGUUGGGUUAUAUACACACACAACGAUAUCGCGACGGCAUGUAAUGUGUUUGAUGAUCAUUUCAUGCUGAUGGAAUAUGGAAAGAAAAAAAAAGGUCGGGGCCGCCUCCGGGGUUUUCUCCUUUCUUUUUUUUUUUUUUUUUUUCUUCUUCGUUUUGGUAAGAAGGAGGCUGGCCGACACUUAUGGGCUCUUUAUUAUUUGGUUCAUUUAUCAAUGACUCCUAAUUCUGUUUAUUGCAGAGCCAUAUGUCGGAAGGGGUGUUUCGUGAGGCACCGUGUCAUGGCAUUGGCUUUUUAAUCAAGCGAGCUUGGGUCUGAGUUCUCUUGUCAAAUUUUGUAUUUUUCUGCGGAUCUGUAUGAUACAUAGCAAUGAUUAUAUGUAUGGGCAAC